AUGGCAAACAAAUACAAUUUGAAGUGGAAUUCUCAUCAUGCUGAGACUUUCAGCAACUUUGACUUGUUACGGAAUAGGGAGGUGUUUGUGGAUGUCACCCUCUCCUGUAGUGGACAGACAUUGAAAGCUCAUAAAUUGGUAUUGUGCUGUGGUAGUGCCCUUUUUGAAAAGUUAUUACAGAGGGACAAUAGCACAAGUCCCAUCAUCCAUUUCCAUGGUAUAGACAUGAUGCACCUGAGACUUCUGGUGGAUUUCAUGUAUUUGGGUGAAGUAGAUAUACCUUCUUGUGAUUUGGAGGCCUUCAUUGCUCUUGCUGAUAGCCUUGAAGUGAAAGGCUUAAAGGGAGAUCGAUCUAGGCGGUCUGAUGUACCGUCAACAUAUGGAAAAUCAGAGUUACCAAUGACAUUUGGAAGACCUCGAGUAACUAGUCAAGAUUACCUUGGGCGACCAUUAGGAUCAACUUCAGCUGCUCCAAUGAAACGAAGGCUCCCAAUGACCAUGGACAGCUCAGGAUUGCAAGAUCUGUCUUCCGCUUCAGUCUUGCCAGGAUCAGAAAAGAAGUCAAAGCCUGACUUGAUUGUUCCCAAUGACUCAUGUCAGGCAUCUGACAUGGUUCAAACUGGAGAAUUGAUGAAGACUGAGACUGAGGAAAUCCAAGAAGUGGAACAGGUGGAAGAUGGCAAUGGAUCCUAUUAUGCUGAGGAGGAAGGUAUGGGAGGAGCUGAAGGUAGCAACUCCAGUAGUUCUCACAUAAUAGGAGGUGAGGAGUUUGAUCCCAAUGAACUCCCUGCUGAUAUUCCUCCUGAAAUUGCACCAGAGAGUGUAACAAGAGGACAUGAUGGGGUCUGGUCUGGUAUCAGCAUGGAGACCAAGUGCAAGAUCCACUUCUGUACAUUCUGCAACUACCAAUCCCCAUACAAGACAAGCACACUGCGACAUGUGCAGUCACGACACACCGUCUGGCGGGGGCAACUUGGUGUCACUGGUCUGUGGACUUACUUUUGUGGCAAGUGUUCUUACAAGAAUGCCAACAAGACUCACAUGGACAUUCAUAUCCGGAGUCAUACAGGGGAGAAACCCUUUCAAUGUCGAAUGUGUGGAAAGAAUUUCUCAACAAAAGGUAAUGCCAGUGCCCAUAUUGUGGGUGUUCAUAAGACCCCUGUCCAAGAUAACAUUGUCAUGCUAUUGCACAAGAAAGUUUGA